GUUCCCCUCUUCGGAUGAGAGGUUCGAUUCAGGAUACUACAGACGGGGAGCUUUAUUGUUUUAAUAAGAUAAACGUUUGAUCUCCUGUCGCAUAGUACUGAAUAUACUGGACAAGAAUGACUCGUUCUGUUUAGCGAGUUGAGAGGAUGGCGUCGCAGCUGUGAAUUAUGUUAUAUGGCAGGAAGUUAUGAAAAGCCGGUAGUGUGUUAGUGCAGCAAACAGUUUCGCCGGUCGGUGCUGCUCUCUUUGUCUGACACAGAGAGCAGUCAACGCGUGCUCUUUUGUUUGGCAUUUUGUCUUUGUUUAACUGCAAACGGACGAUCUUUGUUCUCGUUUUAGCCUCUCGUGGUUGAAACAUGCAUAAUAUGAAGAAAUAUUUCACAGAGGGACUCAUUCAGUUUACGAUCCUGCUGAGUUUGAUAGGAGUUCGCGUGGAUGUCGAUACCUAUUUGAACGGCUACUUCUCGCCGUUGAUUGAGACUGACGGAGGGCCGAGCUCGGCUUUCAUACAGACCCCCUUUCACCACUACCGGGACACCGCGGCGGGCCAUCAAGUGCAUCCUAAAUGUCCCGAACUGGACUAUUAUUUCACCAGCCGUAGGCUGCUGAAUGAAGUGCGUGCGCUUGGGUCUCCGGCCCGCUUCCCCACGCGUGUCAGUGCAUGGCUGGUGCACCUGGUGCCUGAUGAUGGUUCUGAUGUCGGCGAGCCACACGACCUGUCUGUGGACUCUGGUAAUGAUGAGGUAAACACCGAAAAUGUCCGGGACGAGGUGGAAAAUGACCACAGGGCUGGAGAGGGCUUCGAGCUGUCAUUAUCUCAGGAGCACACUAUUUCAAGGCCUUGCAGUGCAGCUGAAGAGCUUUCCAAAGAGGACACUUUACCUAACCAAGAAAAAGAGGAGGAUGAUGUGAAAUAUGAGAGAGGGCAAGAGGAAACCAGCCUUGCUUCGAUGAACCAGCUGACUCAGAUCUCAUCGCUAGAGCAGGAGAAUUUGCUGGGUAGCAGUGCCCUGCCUCCACCUAUUUCUGGGCUUGAGCUCACUUCACAGUGGCAAGACUUUCUCUCAGAAUUUGAUAAUUUUGACUCCCAGCAUAUGUCAGAUUUAGAAGUUGAUCUGACUAAUCCUAUCAGCUAUAAUGUAAGCCUGCAAGAUGCCAUGGUGACCAGGGGAGAUUCAACAAGUUGCAGGCCCACAUCUAGCCGAGAACCCCUCUUUCAUCUAGAAUCUACAAAUUCUUCCCACUCAGAUCCAUCUCAAAGUUCAGAAGGGACACUUCCUUUAACCCUCUUUUCUUUAACGGGGAACUGCUCCCGUAAUGAAACGUCAGUUUCACAGGUUGGGGGUUAUCUAGAUGAGGCUGUUUUUGAGCAGAUAAAUAUGUUGGAUCUUGGUAAUCUUGGUACAAUUGAUCCUCGGAUGCUUGACUGCAUGCAAGGUGAUAUGGACACUCCAUGGCUAGAAGAUUCAGACUCUGGUCUGUCUUUGGAGAGCAGUUCUAGAAGCCCUGCUUCCCCAUCUACAUCAUCCGAUUCAUUUUGUGAGGAUGAGGGUGGAGCCACAGGCUACAACAGUGAGGUAGAGUCCCUCUUUUCGAAAGGAGGAGCCUGUGCAGCUGCUUACCGCCAUUGGUCACCAGUGAACCUUAAUGACAACAUCUGGCAUGACCACACGUACUCAGUCCCACAGGCCCAGAAUUCCACAUCUUCUAGCUGGGUCCAACCUAUCAAUGCUAUCAAACAGGAAAUAAUGAGUGAAGAUGAAGCUGAACCAGAAGAGAUGAGUCGUGAUGAACGACGGGUCCAGGCAUUGGGUCUUCCAUUUUCCGCCUUUCAGAUUGUCAACAUGCCUGUAGAUGACUUUCUGGAGCUGUUGGACAGGCAGAAUCUGUCAGGAUCAGAAGUUACGCUCUUGCGGGAUGUCCGCAGAAGAGGCAAAAACAAGCUUGCUGCACAAAACUGCCGCAAGAGGAAGUUAGAUGCGAUCCUGGGCCUGCAAGAUGAGGUUGAGGGCCUUACAGCGCAGCGAGAGGCUCUCCUGCGGCAGAGAGCCCACACUGCCAAGGCACUCUCUGCUGCUGCAGAACGCUUCGAAACAUUCUCAAGGACUGUGCUGAGCCACCUCCGGGAUGAAUGUGGGCAGCCUCUAAGCCCUGAGCACUAUGCACUUCAAUGCAGCGCCAAUGGACAGGUGGUGGUUCAGCCUCGCACAAACACAACAUCAAGAACAAUGACAGGGCGCAAGACAAAGAGAAAGAAGGACAAGAAACCUUAAGAGACCUUUUUGAGUGUGUUUGUGUGUGUGAGAGAGAGUGCAUGCGUGUUUGUGUUUAUAUACAAAUUUUUUUAUGUUUUCUGAAAGGCUGAGUUUUUAUCCUUGAAAUAAGUUUGUAACGUGUUUCACAGCAUGGGCAAGGAGGAGGCAGGAACCAGCUGAACAGCAAUGUAAACUUGAAUGACAGAAAGGAACUUAAACAUAACAUAAACUGCUUUCCAACAUAAACAAAACAAAGACGCACACACACAACACGUGUGUCUCUCUCCCGAACUGUUGUCCCGGCUGCUCCUUAUAUCUCUCCCGCUGAUUAGUCAACUCAGUGCCUGACAUGCAUCAUCACGGCCCGGCCACGCCCUCCUCCUCUCCAUCACCAGAUUCAGGCUAGGGAGACCUCCUGCCUGACUUACUCUCUCCCUUCCUUCCUGGAGGGGAGGUUUUACCCUUUCGGCCGUCCUUCCCCCGCCUCCUGGGAAACAGAGAGAGACGAGGGUAGGGAGUGGGGAGAGAGAAAGAGCAAGCGGUAGAGACAGAAUGCGAGAGAGAGAGAGAAAAAGUGGCUCGCCAGUCCCUGGACACACUGUCGCUUGGUCCUCCGCCUCCCAGCAGACGUCAGCGGCUUCUCUGCCCCUGGCUGUGGCUCCUCUACUCCAGGCAGCCCUCAGCGAGCUCCUCCACCCCCUGGGGGACGGCACCGGCUUCUCCGUCUCCUGGCGAACUGCUCCAGUACCACCGUACCAUACCUCCUCGGCAUUGCGACCCUCCAACAGUGGUGAGGGCUCUCCAACAGCGCAUCCCUCCUCCUUCCCGGGUUUCGGCACCAAUGUAACGUGUUUCACAGCAUGGGCAAGAAGGAGGCGGGAACCGGCUGAACAGCAGCGUAAACUUUAAUGAUAGAAAGGAACUUAAGCAUAACAUAAACUGCUUUCCAACAUAAACAAAACAAAGAUGCACACACAACACGUGUGUCUCUCUCUCUCUCUCGAACUGGUGUCCCGGCCGUUCCUUUUCAGGCUCUUCUCUGUUCCUGCAAGCCAUUCGUAACUCAUAAUGUGGACAGAAAGACUUUAUUAAAUUCUACACUUACAGCAUGGAAGUGCGGGACUCAGUUGUGGGACAGAAUGUAAUGAAAACACUGGAUAUGUGUAUAAUAAGAGUGUGUAUAAAAAGUAUUUCUAAAGAGUACAUUAGAAAAGUUAAAGCAUAUUUUCUUUUCCUGUUACUUUAAAUGGCAAGUUACUAAAGAAGGUUUGCAGCUAGAAGCAGAUGGUCACUGGAUGACCAUGUUUAAAAAAAAAAGUAUCAUUUGCAUCUGUUUCUUACAGGUUAAGCAGUGACCUUAAUUGAAACUAUUUUCAUAAAUGAAUCAGUUUACAUUUUGCCUCAUUUUCUUCCUGUUAAGCAUUGUGUAAUCAUCAGUUCACACUUUUAUGAUUUUUGCAAUUGACCAACCAUCUGUACAAGUACAAUGUGUAAUAUUGCUUUGCCCCAAUCUUGUUCCAAGCAAACCACUACAGCCCCCAACACUCAUGCAAUAAAUAAAAACUCACUAGUAAGAUGGUCAUUGUGGCAUGCAGUGAUCAGUCUGCUGAAACCGUUCCCAUUAAUUAUAUUACUGUCACUUGCCAAAGAACAAUUAUGAUGUGUUCUGGUGGCCUUAGUAGCUUUUUUAUCAAGGGGUUUUAAGGUUACAUUUUUUUUUUUUUUUUUAUGAUCUUGGUGAGUUUUGGUCUACCUCAUAGCAUAGCAAAAAGAUUCUGAAAAGUACAAUAUCAGCUUAAUGAGUAAUUAAUUUGAGACUAUUAUAAAAAUAAUACUGGACACACAAUUAAAUAUCUUGUUAUUGGCAGAGUGGAUUGAUAUGUGUUGUAAAUAGGAGCUGCUGCUUUCGGUUUUGCUUUCUGUGUGUUUUUAAACAAUUUUUAUGUGUAUGGGAUUGGAAUACCUACUUUUAAUUUUAAACAUGGGUGUUCAAAAUCUGGCUCUUACGUCUUUUAAAAUAAAGGAAGAAAAUGAA